GCGUUGCCUAACUUGGCUUAGCUCUAGGGCUUCGGGCGCGCGCCAACGAGCGAACGGGUGAACGAUCGCUGGCUGGUCUUCGCGAGCUCCUCGCUGAGCCGCGAGAGGCCUGUUUCCUACCUGAAAUCGACCCUCUAGGGCUGGCGGAUGAGUUGCGGGGGACGCGGGGGUGCGGGUUGGCGAGUUAUUUCGCUCAACACUACGCCAAGACUCGUGAUAGCAGUCCGACUGAACCGGACGACCCACUUCACCGUCCGAAUGAACGAGUGGGCCGUGGGGACGGCGGGCUAUCCGUCCCGCCCACCGUCCGGGCCGGACUGGACGAUAUCGCACCCUGUUCACAAUGCCUGAUGACAACGACCACGAUGCUGAGCUUGUUCGACAGCUACGCCUAACCUAUCAGCUACUUCACACUUACUUUCUCCGUAAACAUGAGGGCGAGGCCUCCCUUCGGAAGGAGACUCUGCGUCUUUGGGAAUUCAUUCAGUUUUUUGAUCCAGACUUCAAGUACUGGACGCCUGCUGACGCAAACUCGUCACUUCACAUGAACCUUACUCGACACAGUAGGGCUGUCCGUGAGCUACUGGGUCAGCUAGCUGCCUCUAAAAACAUACCGUUUGUGAACAGCAUCGACGAGGACGAAAUCCGAAACUUUAUGAUAGACAUGAAUGCCCUAGAUGGGUCCCGACAAGAACCUCAGGCAUCUGAACUACCACUGUCAGAUGUCACCCCAGAAUGGGCCCGUCAAAUGAUAGAUGUUUUCAAACAAAUCUCAGCACAAAUAACCGCCCAGAACAACGCUCUGACAACCAUCCUUUCUCAAUCAACAGGCCCUUCAGUUUCUCCUACGUCUCAAUUGCAUCCAGAAACUACGUCCAGUCAGCCCACACGUUCCUCGACUGAUACAGAUGUAGCAACCGCCGCAAUGAAGAGUUUUACGAAGGAUGCAGUCUCCGUACCACGCCAACCAGCUUACUCGCAGGAAGUCACAGUGCCUAUUGACACUCAGCUCUUCACCCCUAACAACAACAAAAAUGCCAAGCCCUGGCAUAGUGACGGUUACUCCAGCCAUUCCGACAGGAACGAUUAUGACCCUAACACUUCCAAUCUCGACAGGGAACCCGAUGACACUUCAGCUCGCUUAGUGAUCGAACAAACUAUCGAUGCUGAUAUGACCGAUAUGCAGGACUGCGAGCAGCCUGGAAAUGGCCACGUGCCUGGAUCGACUAGAAGCGAGAGGAAGGGGCUCACUUUGCAGGAGAUGAUGGCACUGUUUGGUCCAGUUAGUGACGAUGACGCACGCCAAUCAUUUAUCAUCGCGGGAGAAUGA